AUGGAUUUACGACAUGGCGGCUGCAUAGGUUACUUGUAUAACGGGGCUGCUGCUAUGCCUGCGCCGAUCAUGCAGUUUACGAAAGACUCGUUGUUUGGAACAGGAGUUAUGUUAUGUUUCAUAAAAGCCAGAAACUUGUCACCAGAGGAGAUCCAGGUCUUCAAAGAGCUUUUCGACUCAUAUGACACCGACAAAGGCGGCAACAUUAGCGUCGAGGAAUUUGCCAAGGUGAUGUCCCAUAGCCCAGGAAAGGCACCGACAGAAGAGGAAGUAGCGCAAAUCAUCAGGGAGGUUGACCUGGAUGGAGACGGAACGAUCAAUUUCAAUGAAUUCAUCACAAUGAUGACCGGGCAACCCUACCCGCCACCAGAUGACGAGGUGGAGUAUGCCAAAGCUUGGAAACAAUAUGAGCCGUCGCUCAACAGUUCCAUCACUCAGAGUCAAUUUCGGCAACUGAUGGCAGGCCUAGGAGAGCCUGUCACUGAUGUGGAGAUUGACCAGCUCGUGAACAACGUCGAUGGUGAAGGGAAAAUCAGCUACAAGGAGUUCGAACACUUUAUGAAGAAUAGAAAUGUGGAAAAUGAUAUCCUAGACGGAUAUGAGUGA